AUGAAUUUUGAAUCGAGAAAGGAAAGAUUUAAAUUAUUUAAUAGUCUUGCCAUUUUACUGAAAGCUGUUGAAAAUGAAAAAACGACCGUGGAUCUUCGAAACGAAGGGUCUGUUUACGGAACUGUAGAAUACGCAGACGCUGUCAUGAACAUUGUAAUGAAGGAUUGUAUCUUCACUGAUCCUAGAGGGGACUCUCACAAUUAUGAUAUGUUCUUCGUCCAGGCGAGAAACAUUCGCUACGUUCAUAUACCACCAAAAAUACGUAUUAUACCAGCUAUCAAGGAACGCAUACAACAUUUAAUAAGCCAUAAGAAAGGCCGUACCUAUACUAAAUCUACAUUUAGAAGAAUACGUGCUGAACAGAAACAACGAGAAGGACUUGUAGCAGUAGAAAAGAUCCUGGAUGAGAGGAAGAACCCAGAAGACCCUGCCAACAGUGAACUUAACAAAACAUAA